AUGGUCUUCAUCACACUGCUGCUGCUGAGCCUUUCUCUGGCCUCAGCAUCGCACUUCUUCGGCUCCGUGGUCACCUUCACGGCCAAAUCAGAUGCACAUGGGAAGUAUAUGGUGGAGAUACGUUCGAGGGCGACCUAUGACCAUGGAUGCAACCACCACUACGCGACCUGUCACCGCGGCGAGUGUGGCCAUAACGUCCAAAUAGAACAAGGUCAAGUCGACAACAACGCUGUUACGAUGACUUACAACAGUAACUGGUGUGAAACUGAAACUAUUGUCACCAAAGCUCUCACCAGCGACAGACCGUUCCAGAUCAGGGACCACAGCUGCUGUUGGGUAUGGCUUAGUCCAGGCCACACGCCAUACUGGAGCAUUCUGACAUCUGUGGACUUGGGCCGACGGUCAGACACAGACAAAGCCAACAGCUCUCCAGAUACAGCCAUCCUCCCUCUGCUGCGCAUUCCUCAGAACUGCAGACGGGCGUACAGGCCGCUGACCUUUGACCCUGAUGGAGACCAGUUUCCAGCUCGACCAGUGGACCCGCCGGCUCCAUCUUGUGUGGAAGGAGAAUACUUGCCCAUGUUUGUCCCCCCGACCCCCCGACAUGGUCAGGUCCUGUGGGCAGAAGUCGGAGUAGAGGUGGAGAUAACCGUGAGGGCUGAAGCCAAAUAUUCAGUAGUGGAUAACCUGAUAAUGAGUGGCCCCCUGAACGUCUCGAAGCACAGAAGGUCAGGGGACGAGUUCUCCAUCACAUACACACCACAACACCAGAACCUUGGACAGUACUUCUCAAUCUGCUUUGCUGUUGAGUUUACAGACAGAGAUGCUGUUUACCAAACUGAGAUGAGAUGUGUGCUGUUGAAUGUGACAGAGGGACUGGCUCAAGUGAACACGGUGGUCACCUGCUUGGAGUCCGCCAUAAUCGUGGAGGUGGAGAAGGCCACGUUACCUCAACUCCGCUACGAUCAUCUCCGUCUGUCUGAUCCCAGCAACACUGUGUGCAGCCUCCAGACUCACUCCAACAGCACUCACGUCGUCGCCAAUGUCCCCCUCAACGCCUGCGGCACCCAGAUUCAGGAAGAUGAUGACUAUCUCCUCUUCAAGAAUGAGAUCACCACUGUGGAUGACCCAUCAGCCAUCAUCACCAGAAGACACCAGGUGGAGAUAAAGUUCUUCUGCCAAUAUGCCAAGAGAGGAAACGUGUCCCUGAGCUUCAGCGCUCACAGAGAAAAUGUGACCGUGUGGGACAGGGGCUUUGGGAGUUUCACCUACGGCUUUGAGUUCUUCCCAGAUUCCCAGUUUGUGUCCAGGAUCGACCCAUGGAGUUACCCUCUGGAGUACGACGUCGGCCAACGAAUCUACAUGGAGAUCCAGGCCACGACCACAGUCAACAACACAGAGAUGUUUGUGGAGUCGUGCAGCGCUGCGCCUUAUGACAACCCCAACUACCACAACCCAUAUGUGCUCAUCCAAAACGGUUGUAAUGUGGACUCAACCCUUGUUGUUUAUCCAUCCAUGAAAGAGGAGGAGUUUAGGUUCAGCAUUGAAGCCUUUAAGUUCAUUGGUUUGCAUCAAAAGGUGUACAUUGGCUGCUCGGUGCUGAUGUGUGAGGCUGGGAACCCCAACACUCGCUGCUCUCGUGGAUGUCUGCCCAGAGGAGCUCACAGGAGGAGGAGAGCGGCUGCUAUUGAGACUGGAGUCCACUAUGUAUCCCAGGGCCCUGUGAGACUGAGGACUGCUAAUACAUCAGAUCUGAACUUGAACCUGGUGUUUGUCUCUGGAUGUGCUGUACUCGCUGUGGGGAUGAUCUGUGGAGUUCUGCUCUACAGAACCAGGCAGAAGUCCAGUCAUGAAUAUACACUCCUGUCUUCUGAGGAAAACUAA